GGGAGAGUGUUCCUGUAACAAAAACUCAACUGCUGCAGCAAGAGGAUGAGGAGAUCUACUCUCCAGAAACUCACAAACGACAUACAUUGUUCUCGGGGACACAUGUUGUACAGACUCGUUACUAUGGUCAGGCUAAGGUCACGGCAGUUGUUGUCAGGACAGGAUUCAACACAGCCAAAGGUGAACUUGUCAGAGCCAUCCUGUUUCCUAAACCACUAGAUUUUAAAUUCUAUAGAGAUGCCAUCAGAUUUGUUCUCUUCCUUGCUGUGGUGGCCUCACUGGGCAUGAUCUAUGCAUUGGUCAACUAUGUUCUCAAAGGC